UGAUAAACUGACUUGGUUUUUUCUUAAUAUUCUGAAUCCUAAUAAGGGAUCUAGAUUAUUGAACAAAUAAUUUGUUAUUCCUGACUGCUGCCAAUCUACGGUUGGCAAAAAACGGAGGAAGUAUGCGUUUCACCGAGCUCGGAUCGGCUCUUACGGCUUUUCUCGAUAACAAUAACAUAGUUCAGUAUCAUCUUUUGCAUAUCAGUUUUUUAUUAACCAAGGAUAGUUUAGAACAUAUAAUUAUCAUUCUUUAUUCUAUUAAUAAAAAGUGGAAAAACAAUAUUAUUUCGUCUAUACUUGGACGGAGCUUUCAUGCGCGGGGUGAAGAUUUUAGAGGAGGAGCUUUGAGUAUAUAGACAUGGAGGAGGAAUUGCUUGGUUUCCUAUAGACCGAAUAUGUGUUCAAAGUCUGUGCGAGAGAGAAAGGUAUAGAGUGAUAUUCGUCCUCUCUGCGCAUGCAUCAACAUCGCAACCUGUACUACAGUUUUGACGGGUGGCACCCGAUUGACCACGUCGCCAAUUGGCCAAUUCAAAAUAGGACUCUCUCGUUAAUCGUUGCUGCAAUUUUAACGAAAGUUGUAUUCUAUAAUUCAAAUCAAAAUGAUAAUGUCGUUAAAAUUGUCGGUAAGAAACCAAAUUCUGUCGUUAUGCUAUCGAGGAGUCUCAGACCUCACGCCUUAGCUUUAUCGACUCUCUUUGACGCGUAUAUGUCAAUGUGUAUAUUGUUCUUAACCUCACUAAGAAAGUGCGACAAAAAUUAAAAAUAUAAGGAAUAUGGCUGAAGGAUAUUUAGCAUGGAAUUUACUUCUUUUGGAAGAAAGAGUCAGAAUUAUGGAAAGAAAGAUUGAAAGAAGAUUGCUUCGUGAUGCACAAAAUCCUUUUGAACUUCCUAAUAGAGAAUUUUUGGCAGCUUACAGACUUAAUAAAGAAUUACUUAUGGAUCUAACAGAUAUGUUAAGACCACAUUUACAACCACUACGUAGAAAUGGUUUAGCUCCAGAAAUUGCAGUAUUAGUAGCAGUUGAAUUCUUCGCUAAUGGAAGUUACCAAAGACCAGCAGGAAAUCAAUGUGAGUUUGCUUUAAGUCAACCAUCCACCAGUCGUUGUAUACGAAAAGUAACAUGGUUAAUAAAUAGAUAUUUAUUACGACAAUGGAUAAAAUUUCCAAUGACACAACAAGAGAGAACUGCUGCACGAAACAAAUUUGCAAAUGCUCGUCAACCAUUUCCUGGUGCCAUUGGUGCUAUAGACUGCACUUAUAUUAAUCUUCUCGCACCACGUUUACAUGAAGAGGCAUAUGUAAACCAUCAUGGAAAUCAUUCAUUAAAUGUACAAGCAAUAGUCGAUCCAGACUUAAAAAUAUUAAAUAUUAAUGCACGUUAUCCGGGUGCACGACAUGAUGCAUUUAUAUGGAAUGCUUCUCCCAUUAGACAUAUAAUGGAACAUUUUUAUAACAAUGGUGAAAGAAGAACUUAUGUGAUUGGAGAUGAUGGAUAUCCUUUGGAACCCUGGUUGAUGACACCAUUACCUCACUAUCCUCCAUGGAGUCAACAAUUUCAAUACAACGAAAGACUGUGUAAAGCACGAAAUGUUGUUGAAAGAUUUUUUGGAGUAUUGAAAGGAACAUGGAGAUAUCUAUCAUAUCAACGUGUGUUAAUGCAUGCACCUGAAAUUGCCGGACAAAUUGUAAAUGCGUGCGCAGUGUUGCAUAAUAUGCGACAACAUUAUCGACUACCAAUGGAAGAAAAUAAUGAGAUUCUAUGUGCAGCUGAGAACGUAUAUGUUGAAGAUGCAGAAGCAAGAGAAGAAGUAAUGAAUCACAGAGGACCCAGAGCUGUUGCGCAACGUAUACAGAAUCAAAUAAUACAAGAGUGGUUUCCUAAUUAUCGUUCUGCAUUGGAUAACGAAAAUAACUGAAAAAUACUGAAAAUAUUAAUUUGUAUUAUCGCAUAAUUGUAUAAAAAUUAAAUUAGUUUAUCAAUUAAGAAACAUACCUUCUACUUCGCAAUCAACAAACAUUUUAGAAUCAGACAUUCUUUCUAAUACAUAAUCCAAUGGACAAGACAUAUCCUCCAGCACACAAUCGAUCCGUACAAGACGUACAUCUUCCACACAUUUAGAAGUGCAGUUACAUGAAGCUCGACAAUCAUUUAAAAAGAUUGCAGAUAAACAUGCAGAAGCAAUGCGAAUGUUAGCUGAAGCAAUGAAACUUCAAACAUUAUAGAGCAAACGCUUUUCAUUUACAUACAUUACGCCUUAAGUCGUAGAAUAUAAAAUAAUGGAAAAAAUAAAUUUAUAAAACUAAUAUCAAGCAACAAAA